CCGCGCGAAAUGGUGUCUACGUAGUGGCGCGUAGCUAAUGAAUCUUUUUUUCGCGGCGCCCCGGUAUCGUUCGGUGUUAUUUGUUUAACUGUUGCGCGCGUAAAUGUUCUUCCAUCUAGGCAAAUAGCUGGAGUCCGUGUACACGUAGCGCCUAGAGACCACCAUUUCGUGGGAAACCGAACUCUAGGACCGCCUGGAGAGCAACAGUAUCGUGCACGUAAGUUUUGGUUCCUGUAGAGUGACCCCAUAGCACGCGGAACCAUGGCCGAAGUUGUGGAGGAAGUGAUCGCACAGUUAAAGGAGAACCUGACCGCCACUGUGGGUGAGGUGGAGGGUGGUGCAACAAACACCACCGGGAAGACUCCCUCCACUCCGGAGGGAAUGGCCCUAGCAUAUGGCACGCUGGUCGUGAUGGCCAUGCUGCCGAUCUUCUUCGGUUCGAUGCGGUCGGUCAAACAUCACAAGGAGCAGUCGACGGCGUUUGCGAAAACGGGCGAAAAGCCGGACACGAUGUCUUCGAAGGACGCAAUGAUGUUCCCAAUCAUGGCCUCCUGCGCCCUGUUCGGGCUGUACAUGUUCUUCAAGAUCUUCUCGAAGGACAACAUCAACUACCUGCUGACGGGGUACUUUUUCUUCCUGGGCGUGAUGGCCCUGUCGCAUUUGCUCAGCCCCGUCAUCAGCUCGCUGAUUCCGGCCUCAAUUCCGAAGAUUCCUUAUCACUUAUCGUUCGUGCAAGGACCGCAGGAGGGUGGUGAGAAGAAAAGCAAAGAAAAGAAGUACCUCAUCGACUACCGCUUCACGACGCACGACGUUGUGUGCUUUAUUGUGGCGCUCAUCAUUAGCGUGUGGUAUCUGGUACAAAAGCACUGGAUCGCCAACAACCUGCUGGGACUUUCGUUCGCCGUUAAUGGCGUAGAGCUACUGCACCUAAACAACAUCGCCACGGGAUGUAUUCUGCUGUGCGGACUGUUCGUUUACGACAUCUUCUGGGUGUUUGGGACGAACGUGAUGGUAACGGUGGCGAAAUCCUUCGAAGCACCCAUCAAACUCGUGUUCCCGCAGGAUCUCAUCACGAACGGUCUGUCGGCGUCAAACUUCGCCGUGCUCGGACUAGGUGAUAUCGUCAUUCCGGGAAUCUUCAUCGCGUUGCUGCUGCGUUUCGACAACAGCUUGAAACGGAAAAGCAAGACCUACUUCUACGCUACCUUUAUCGCGUACUUUGUGGGUCUACUGGCAACGAUAUUUGUAAUGCACGUGUUCAAACACGCGCAGCCCGCCCUGCUGUACUUGGUGCCGGCUUGCUUGGGAACUCCGCUACUGUUGGCAGUGUUGAAGGGAGAUAUUAAGAAACUGCUAGCGUACGAAGACCAUCCGGAAGAGAAAACGAAGACCGACAAAAAAACCGAAAAAUCGGCUCCGCAGGCGAAAAAGGAACCGAAAAAGAAGGAAGCGAAAAAAGCAAAGUGAAUGCGAUCUCAACCCGGUAGCAUCACGUUUUCUCCUCUCUCCAACAUCGGUUGAUCUUUUUUAGACGCUAAAAGUAUCCCUGUUAGUGCAAUUGUGUAUUAAGAUCGUAAUUAACAAUCAGUGCUGGGAGUGUGUCCAACUUCUUCAUGAUUAUGGAUAAACUAUCGACGCAAAACUUCUCGUCGACAGGAUAACACAUUCGUGUGAAAACUGGUGAACAUAUUGGACAUGAAUUAGCAUCUAGCUAUAAGCAAUGAUGCAUGCCCCUGCAGCGAUUCAUCACUUUUCUUUGUUUUCCACGUACCACUGCUACCAGGUGUGGCUUUGUUUUUUGUUUAUUUUAAAUAUUGUUUUUCCUGUAGCAAUAUACCGGCAGCACAAACAUAAAGUUACUCACGUUAUCGUGGACUUCCGUAGAUGCUUUAAUUUGCAGAGAAAACGUUUUUCCAAAUAUCUUUAUUGAGGCGCACACAGCCGAAUGACUGAUAAGGUGUAUAAUUUGACUGAAAAACCGUUGCGUUGGGGUUCUGUAUCUCGAUACAGCUGAGAAGCGCAAGCGUGAAUAAAGCAGAAAUAGGGUUUUAAGAUCGUAGGCAAAUUUUGAUAUGGCACAAAAGAUGAGCGCAGAAUUGGGGAUUCCGUGAGAAGUAAAACGGGUCUGCGGAUCUCUCAUGAACAUCCACAAUCGACACUCGGGAUGUAAAGUUUAAAUUAAUAAAUGUUUCAAAAGAACCAUUUCACGGAGCUUUCCAGCAAUGCAACGAAUAGUCGUUGCCGAAGAGUGAUUCAAAAUAAAAUAUUUUAAUCUCUCAA